CUAUAGGAUAUUUGGUUGUGUCCGAGCCUCCACCGAGCAACCCCCUGCACCAGCAGCGAGCGCCGGCUCCCCCACACAGGGCGCCGGGUGACGAGGUGACGCGGUGGGUUCCCGCGGAUCUUCAGCGGAGCCUCACAGAGUGUUCGUGCCCCUUCCCCCGGAACCACAGUGACUGAGCCAUUGCGGCAGGGCGGAGGGCGGAGGGUGAGAGGCGACGGCGCCAGUGAUCCGGGAAGCGGAAGCGGAAGCUGUCCCCGCUUUCCCUGGGUCGACGGGGAGCGGGCGGGCGGCUCGAGCGGGGAAGAUGGCCGUUUCCAUGGAGACGCAGCUACAGAGCAUCUUCGAGGAGGUGGUGAAAACUGAAGUAAUUGAGGAAGCAUUUGCUGGUAUGUUUAUGGACACAGCUGAAGAUGAGAGAACCAAACUGAUCAGUUGCCUUGGAGCUUUCAGACAACUCUGGAUGACACUUCCUCAGGAAUCUCACGAACAGUGUGUGCAGUGGAUUGUUCGCUUCAUCCAUGGACAGCACAACCCCAAGAGGAUUUCCUUUCUAUACGACUGCAUUGCAAUGGCAGUUGAAAGUGGACUGCUGCCCCCCAGGCUGGUCUGUGAAUCGCUAAUCAACUCUGAAAGUCUGGAAUGGGAGAGAAUGCAGCUUUGGGCUCUAACCUAUAGGCUGAUUCGAAAAAUAAUUGGAGGUGUUGACUACAAGGGUGUAAGAGACCUAUUGAAAGCAAUUUUGGAGAAAAUUCAAAGUAUUCCUAACACCGUCAGCUCUGCUGUUGUUCAGCAAUUGCAAACAGCCAAAGAUGUUGUGGCUUAUAUCCUGGACAGAAAUGCUUGUCUUUUACCAGCAUAUUUUGCAGUUACUGAGAUUAGGAAGCUUUAUCCAGAAGGAAAGUUGUCUCAUUGGUUGCUAGGCAACCUGGCUUCUGAUUUUGUUGAUAGCUUCAGACCCACAGCACGAAUCAACUCCAUAUGUGGACGUUGCAGUCUUUUGCCUGUAGUGAAUAACUCCGGUGCAAUCUGUAAUUCUUGGAAAUUGGAUCCAACAACACUCCGUUUUCCUUUGAGAGGACUCUUGCCAUAUGAUAAGGACCUUUUUGACCCACAGACUGCUCUAUUGAGAUAUGUUUUAGAACAACCUUACUCCAGAGAUAUGGUCUGCAACAUGCUAGGUCUAAAUAAACAGACCUUGAACAUUGCUCAGCACAAGCAACGUUGCCCAGUUUUGGAGGAUCAGCUUGUGGAUUUAGUGGUUUAUGCUAUGGAACGCUCAGAGACAGAAGAAAAAAUUGAUGAUGGAGGCACCAGUCAAUUGUUGUGGCAACACCUCUCCAGUCAGCUCAUUUUUUUUGUAUUGUUUCAAUUUGCUAGCUUCCCACACAUGGUGUUAUCACUACACCAAAAGCUGGCAGGCCGAGGCUUAAUUAAAGGCCGAGACCAUCUGAUGUGGGUUUUAUUACAGUUCAUUUCUGGCAGUAUUCAGAAGAAUGCGCUGGCUGACUUCCUUCCAGUGAUGAAGCUGUUUGACCUUCUGUACCCAGAGAAAGAAUGCAUUCCUGUACCUGACAUUAGCAAGCCACAGUCAACUCAUGCUUUUGCUAUGACUUGUAUCUGGAUACAUCUCAACAGGAAGGCUCAGAAUGAUAAUUCCAAACUGCAGAUACCCAUCCCUCACUCUCUCAAACUCCACCAUGAGUUUUUGCAGCAAAGUUUGAGGAAUAAAAGCCUACAGAUGAAUGAUUACAAGAUUGCUUUGUUGUGCAAUGCUUAUUCCACUAAUUCUGAGUACUUUACAUUACCUAUGGGAGUAUUGGUUGAAACAAUAUAUGGGAAUGGAAGCUUGAGGAUAUCUCUUCCAGGAACAAAUUGCACAGCUUCAGGAUCAAUAACACCCUUGCGAAUGAACUUAUUGGAUUCACUAACAGUCCAUGCCAAAAUGAGCCUCAUUCACAGCAUAGCUACAAGGGUGAUCAAACUAGCCCAUGCCAAAUCAAGCCUAGCAUUGGCCCCUGCUCUGGUAGAAACUUACAGUCGUCUUCUGGUUUACAUGGAGAUUGAAUCCCUUGGAAUUAAAGGUUUUAUCAGCCAGCUUUUACCAAAUGUUUUCAAGUCACAUGCAUGGGGAAUCUUGCACACUCUGCUGGAGAUGUUUAGCUACCGCAUGCAUCACAUCCAGCCCCACUAUAGGGUGCAACUGUUAAGCCAUCUUCAUUCAUUGGCAGCAGUGCCACAUACCAAUCAAAAUCAACUUCACCUCUGUGUUGAAAGCACCGCUCUCCGGCUCAUCACAGCCUUGGGCAGUUCAGAGGUCCAGCCUCAGUUUACUCGUUUCCUCAGUGAUCCUAAAACCGUACUUUCUGCAGAGUCCGAGGAACUUAACAGAGCUCUAAUUCUUACUCUAGCUAGGGCAACACAUGUAACUGACUUUUUUACAGGCUCAGAAUCUAUACAAGGAACCUGGUGUAAGGACAUUCUACAGACAAUCAUGGUUUUCACUCCUCACAACUGGGCUUCACACACUCUCAGCUGUUUCCCGGCUCCAUUGCAGGCUUUUUUUAAACAAAACAAUGUACCUCAGGAAAGUAGAUUUAAUUUAAAAAAGAAUGUGGAAGAAGAAUAUAGGAAGUGGAAAUCCAUGACCAAUGAGAACGAUAUCAUCACUCACUUCUCCAUGCAAGGUUCUCCACCACUCUUCCUCUGUCUGCUUUGGAAAAUGUUGUUGGAUACAGAUCACAUUAAUCAGAUUGGCUAUAGAGUGUUGGAGAGAAUAGGAGCUAGAGCUUUGGUAGCUCAUGUUCGAACAUUUGCCGAUUUCCUUGUUUAUGAGUUUUCAACCUCUGCUGGAGGCCAACAGUUGAACAAAUGCAUUGAAAUCCUAAAUGAUAUGGUGUGGAAAUACAACAUUGUCACCUUGGACAGACUGAUUUUGUGUUUGGCUUUGCGAAGUCAUGAAGGAAAUGAAGCUCAGGUCUGUUACUUCAUUAUUCAGUUGCUGCUGUUGAAACCAAAUGAUUUUAGGAAUAGGGUGAGUGAUUUUGUGAAGGAAAAUUCUCCAGAGCAUUGGCUGCAGGAUGAUUGGCACACAAAACACAUGAACUACCACAAGAAAUAUCCUGAGAAGCUGUAUUUUGAGGGUUUGGCUGAACAGGUGAAUCCCCCUGUGCAAAUUCAGCCUCAGUAUCUUCCCAUUUAUUUUGGAAAUGUCUGCCUUCGAUUUUUGCCUGUAUUUGAUAUUGUAAUCCACAGAUUUUUAGAGUUGCUUCCAGUUUCAAAAUCUUUGGAAACUCUACUUGAUCAUUUAGGAGGCCUUUACAAGUUUCAUGACCGACCUGUGACAUAUUUGUACAACACACUUCAUUACUAUGAGAGACAUCUCAGAGACCGUACAAAUCUUAAACGCAAACUGGUUCAUGCUGUUAUUGGUUCUCUAAAAGAUAAUCGUCCACUAACUUGGUGUUUAAGUGAAACCUAUUUGAAAUUUGCCAUGAACGCACGUGAGGAUAAUCCAUGGGUUCCUGACGACACUUAUUACUGCAAGUUGAUUGGUCGACUAGUGGAGACUAUGGCAGGAAAAUCACCUGGUCCAUUUCCAAACUGUGACUGGAGAUUCAAUGAAUUUCCCAACCCAGCAGCACAUGCCCUCCAUGUAACAUGUGUGGAACUUAUGGCAUUAUCUGUGACAGGGAAGGAAGUUGGAAAUGAGCUUCUAAACGUUGUUCUUAAGAGUCAACCUUUAGUACCGAGAGAAAAUAUUACAGCUUGGAUGAAUGCAAUUGGUCUUGUGAUAACUGCGUUACCUGAGCCCUACUGGAUAGUAUUGAAUGAUCGCAUUGUGAGUGUCAUCAGCAGUGCUACACUGACCUCGGAUACAGAAUGGGUCGGCUAUCCAUUCCAACUCUUUGAUUUCACAGCUUGUCAUCAGUCUUAUUGUGAGAUGUACUGCAGCUAUGUUCUUGCCUUGGCACAUGCAGUAUGGCACCACUCAAGUAUUGGACAGCUUUCCCUUAUCCCCAAAUUUCUCACAGAAGUGCUGAAACCAUUGGUGGAGACCGAGUUCCAAUUGUUGUAUGUUUAUCAUCUUGUUGGCCCAUUUCUGCAACGGUUCCAACAAGAGAGAACUCGAUGUAUGCUCGAGAUUGGCAUAGCAUUUUAUGAGAUGUUGCAGAAUGUAGAUCAAAAUAGCAAAUAUUUGAGCUACAUGGAUCCGAUUUGUGAUUUUCUAUACCAUGUAAAAUACAUGUUUACUGGAGACAGUGUGAAGGAUCAGGUGGAAAAAAUAAUCUGUACGCUGAGGCCAGCUUUAAAACUCCGGUUGCGUUUUGUGACACACAUUAGUAAAGUGGAGCCAGCAGCUCCUGUUCAACCAACAACCAGCGCUUCUCCAGCCGUCCCUUCUGGCCAGGUCUCCACGGGUGUUGCUCUACCAGUUACACAAUAAGAAGACAUGGAUAGCUUUUUCAAGUUUGGUAGUUCAAAUGCUGUGAUGUAAAAUAUAAUUUAGUAUUUAAGACCAAAUCCAAACAUUAGACUACAUUUUAAUUUUGUGCUUGUUUUUCAUUUGAUGAUGUAAAUAACACUGACCAGGUAGGAUUGUUAACUGCCAACAAUGUCCACGAGUUGCUUUCCUCUUCUUUAAUCUUGAUUAGAAUGGCUCUGUGUGCCAUAGAAGUAAAACAAAAUGAACUGUCUGCCAUGUUCAGUGAUCACUCACUGAUCAAUAACAGGAAAUAUUGAAACUUGCAUAAACAAUAGAUCCUGAUACUAAAUACUAAUUUCAUUUGUUUCUGUGGUGAUUUUUUAAAAUAUUAUUUUGUAUUAUGUUUUAUUUAAGCCAAAGGAAAUCUUUAUUUUUAUUCUGUAUUCAGUUGCUGAUUGUUCACAUACUUUAGCUCACAUUCUGCAACCACUGGUGUGUUUUUAACUAAUUAUAAAUGGCCAAAGAAUGCACAGCAGCCAUGUUGAUGUACUUUUUUGAAAUAAUCCUGAUUUGUUUGGUUGGUUCUACCCUUUCUAAUGAUGUUUUGUUUUAAUGCACUUGUUACUUUAAUGCCUAACCUUACUUUCAAAAGGGUCACAUCUUCUGUCACCACUCAUGACAUUUUAGAGAUCAGUUCAGGCUUCAAAUUGUACAUUCUUGAAGCUUUGCUUUGGGGAUUCAAACUGGUCUCCAGACAUCUUGAAGAUAUUUAAAUACAUUUUAUUAGCAGAAUUACAUACCUGAGCGUUAGACAAACCAGAUUUCUUACGGGUGUACUUUUUUUCUUUUUGGUUUCAUUUAUAAGGAUGGCUUGAAUUAUUUGUCAAUUGGCCUUAACAUGUUUUCAUACUUAAGAAUGGGAGUGUUUUUAUCCUGAAUCAUCUUUAUCCUGCAUAGAAACAGAACUUCAGACCACAAAGCCUACAUUGACAAUAGACAAUAGGUGCAGGAGUAGGCAAUUCGGCCCUUCGAGCCAGCACCACCAUUGACUGUAAUCAUGGCUGAUCAUCCACAUUCAGUACCCCGUUCCUGCCUUCUCACCAUAUUCCCUGACUCCGCUAUCUUUAUCUAACUCUCUCAUGAAAGCAUCCAGAGAAUUGGCCUCCACUGCCUUCAGAGGCAGAGAAUUCCACAGAUUCACAACUCUCUGGGUAAAAAGGUUUUUCCUCAUCUCCGUUUUAAAUGGCGUACCCCUUAUUCUUAAACUGGCCCCUGGUUCUGGACUCCCCCAACAUCGAGAACAUGAUUCCUGCCUCUAGCAUUUCCAAUCCCUUAAUAAUCUUAUAUGUUUCAAUAAGAUACCCUCUCAUCCUUCUAAAUUCCAGAGUGUACAAGCCCAGCCGCUCCAUUCUAUCAACAUAUGACAGUCCCGCCAUCCCGGGAAAUAACCUUGUGAACCUACGCUGCACUCCCUCAAUAGCAAGAAUGUCCAUCCUCAAAUUUGGAGACCAAAACUGCACAGAAUACUCCAGGUGUGGUCUCACUAGGACCCUGUACAACUGCAGAAGGACCUCUUUGCUCCUAUACUCAACUCCUUAUGUUAUGAAGGCCAACAUGCCAUUAGCUUUCUUCACCGCCUGUUGUACCUGCAUGCUGACUUUCAGUGAGUGAUGAACAAGGACCCCCAGACCUCUUUGUACUUCCCCUUUUUCCAAUUUGCCACCAUUCAGAUCAUAAUCUGCCUUCCUGAUUUGCCACCAAAGUGGAUAACCUCAUAUUUAUCCACAUCAAACUGCAUCUGCCAUGCAUCUGUCCACUCACCCAACCUGUCCAAGUCGCCCUGCAUCUUCAUAGCAACCUCUUCACAGUUCACACUGCCACCCAGCUUUGUGUCAUCUGCAAAUUUGGUGAUGUUACUUUGAAUCCCUUCAUCUAAAUCAUUGAUUUAUAUUGUAAAUAGUUGGGGUCCCAGCACCGAGCCUUGCAGUACCCCACUAGUCAUUGCCUGCCAUUCUGAAAGAGACCAAUUAAUCCUUACUCUUUGUUUCCUGUAUGCCAACCAAUUUUCUAUCCAUGUCAGCACCCUACCCCCAAUAACAUGUGCUCUAAUUUUGCCCACUAACCUCCUAUGUGGGACCUUAUCAAAUGCUUUCUGAAAGUCCAGGUACACUACAUCCACUGGCUCACCCUUGUCAAAUUUCCUAGUUACAUCCUCAAAACAUUCCAGAAGAUUAGUCAAGCAUGAUUUCCCCUUCGUAAAUUCAUGCUACUUCAGACCGACCCUGUUACUACUUUCCAAAUGUGCUGCUAUUUCAUCUUUUAUAGUUGCGUGAAGCGGCGUGAAGGUGGAUAACAGCAUCUUCCUCACCACCGAUGUCAGGCUAACUGGUCUAUAAUUCCCUGUUUUCUCUCUCCUGCCUUUCUUAAAAAGUGGGGUAACAUUAGCUACCCUCCAAUCCACAGGAACAGAUCCUGAAUCUACAGAACAUACUGACUACAUUUCCUGAUUCUAUGUCACCUCUCGCAAGGGACUGAAUUUCAUUCACAAUCACAAUCACUAAACUAGUUACACUAAUGCCAUCUUAUUUAUCCCAUGUUCCCAUCAAUCUCCCCCCGAUUCUACCACUCACCUUCCUACACUAGGGACAAUUUACAGGGGCCAAUUAAUCUCCUAAACUGCCUGACUUUGGGGAUGUGGGAAAAAAACUGGAGCACCUGAAGGAAACCCAUACAGUCACAGGAGGAAUAUUCAAACUGCAGACAACAUUGGAGGUCCGGAUUGAACGCAGGUCUCUGGAGCUCUGGGGGAGCAACUCUACUAGCUACACCACUGUGCCACCCAAUGUAACAUAACAUAUGAUGCAAUUUAAGCAUCAGUUAGUCUGCUAUAAUUUUUUUUUAACUCUGAUUUAUAGUUAAAUAUAAUGUUCUUUAAACAUUGAACCUUGCUGCCUCAAGCAGUUAAUGCUAAUUUUUGUAACUGAUAAAAUUACCACAAAAAUGAAAUAAGGUGUAAAUAAUGUGACUGUUAUCCGCAGUGAAAUAUCGAAAUUUUGAUAGUCAAUAAAUAUUUUGUUAAAUUGA